CAAUGCACUGCUUACUGGUGGGAAGGUCUUGGUGAGCUGAGAGUGAUGGGAAGAAUAUCAUUUUUAUUUAGUAAUUGAGAGUCCACCAAACAAGUCAGAGCAGGCUCUACAAGAGGAAAUCUAUUACUACUAGGGUCCCAUCCCUCACUGUCAGCCUCAGGGGGUGCCCGUUGUAUCUCCUCCCACCUUGCCACCCAGGCAGCUCAUCGGAUUGCAAAGAAAGGGAAACAAAGAAGAGAGAGAGAGAGGGGAGAGAGCAAAAGGGUGUGGAGAAGGAGAGGGAAGGAGAGAACAAGCAAUCAAACUCAGCCACAGCAUCACUACAGCUCGCCUUAAACACCGACACAGCCCAACUCUGCCCAGCAUCCUAUGCAGCAGUAAGAAGAAAGAAGAACAAAUAAGGACCGAACUAAACCCCAAGGAGUUCGGCAAAGCGGAGACACGGAGGAAUGUGCUCCUUCUUAUCACUUUGUAUGCAGGAGUGAGACCUCCGUCUUUCCCACAUGGACACUGAAGUAGAGCAGAAGUUUGGGGGGCAAUAAUGAGCUCUGUUUACCCUCUCAGCGUUGCCCAGAGAAGGCUAGUCGCCUGAAGGCUAGUCGCCUCGUUGUAGCCGCCUGCUGUGUGUUAAUAGCCUAAGCAAUGCAAUCAACACAAGCUACUAAUGUGUUAACCCUCCCUGCAAAGCUGUUACAAUGAAGGCUGCGUUUCUGUCUGUUUUAGGAGAAGGAAAUCGCAUAACACCAGAAGACUCGGCAUCAUGGCUCUCUAGCAGUCCCGCGGUCCUGCCAAGUAAACGCCAAGGAGGUUUAAGUGGAUUUGCUUGGAAAGAAGCGAUCUCUGGAUGCAGAAACUGAGCUACGCGAUUACCGGAGGAUGGGAAAAUGGUUCUCUUUUAAUUGUGAUUGAAUGUAGUGCGUGUGUCUGUCCGGUCUUUCAGAUCCCCGAUCCAUUAUUCACAUGGGUCGGUAGCUUCGAAAGUAAGGAAGUGUGAAGAUUGUAACGGAAUAGUUAUUAGAUUUCCUCGGACUGUCACCGGCAUCAAGCAGGCAGCAGGAUGAAGUCUGUGCUGUACAGCCGUUUCUUCAUUCUUCUACCUUGGGUACUGAUUGUAGUGAUUAUUAUAGACAGUGACACCAGGAAACCCUCCGGUUCCAGCAGAACACCGGCCGCCAGGCAUUACUCCCCAUACUGGAACCGAAGGAUCGGUCGCGCGGCACUAAUGAGACCCCAACCAAGUGACACCAGCCAGGGCACUUGGACCACCAACCAGGAGCAAGUGGCCAGCUCCGGAGCUCAGAGGAUUAAGAAUGACACUGUGCCCAUUAUAUUUGCCAUCACCCCUACGUACAGCCGGCCCGUGCAGAAGGCAGAGCUCACUCGCCUGGCUAACACAUUCCGUCAGGUGCCUCGGUUGCACUGGAUAGUGGUGGAGGAUGCCGCACAACCCACCGAGCUGGUGAGCCGAUUCCUAGCCAGGGCCGGUCUUAGAGCCACUCAUCUGCAUGUGCCCACGGCACGGAGGUACAAAAGAGCCGGGCUACCCAGGGCCACAGAGCAGAGGAACGCAGGACUUACCUGGCUCAGGCAGCAGUACCAGCCCCAGGUCCAGCACCCCCAGCACCGCUCAGCCCAGCCACAGGAGGUCCCUGCUGGGGUGGUCUUUUUCGCAGAUGAUGACAACACUUACAGUCUGGAGCUUUUCCAAGAGAUGCGCACAACACAAAAGGUCUCUGUAUGGCCAGUGGGGCUUGUGGGAGGACGUCGCUAUGAACGGCCCAUUGUUGAGAAUGGAAAAGUGGUGGGCUGGUACACCGGAUGGAGAGCAGAUAGACCCUUUGCUAUUGACAUGGCAGGAUUCGCUGUGAGUCUUCAAGUGAUCCUUUCAAGCCCAAAAGCUGUAUUUAAGAGACGAGGUUCCCAGCCGGGAAUGCAAGAAUCUGAUUUUUUGAAACAAAUUAUAAAAGUAGAGGAACUUGAACCAAAAGCCGACAACUGCACAAAGGUUCUAGUGUGGCAUACUCGAACAGAGAAGGUAAACCUUGCGAACGAGCCCAAACAUCCUCAGGAUACAAUUAAAAUUGAGGUAUGAUGAUCAAAUGCCGUCAUGUGAUGUCCACAAAAAUGGAUACCCUAAGGAUCCUCAAGCAGUGGUCACUGGAGGGGUCUAUGAAAAGCUGCCAUUCGUUGCCCUAGAUGUUGAUCAUAUGAUGGCCUUCAAUCAAUCCUUCAAGUUACUGAAAUCCCAAGAACCUCUAUGGACUUUCUGCAACUCGUGUGUUAUCUUUGUACAUGGUCUGCAUGAGCCACAAUGCUUCGUUAUCUAAUGCCUUAUCCAUCAGAAGGAUAGGAUGAUGGUAAAGCCCAUUUACGUACAGCCCCCAUACCUAAUGAUUACAGGUUUUCUAACACAAUAUACAGAACAUUCCACUCUUGAAAGUACAGCAUACAGCUUAACAAUUGCCUUGUCAGUAUUAAGUAAUAAACUAUUGCCCCAAAGGCUAGCUUAAGUACAAACAAUCUGUGGAGUUAUCAAUUGAUUACCGGGGAAGAAGGGCAUCUCAUUAACACUAGGCACCCAAUGAUGUAAACACAACAGUCAUUAACCUGGAUGUACUUUAUAAGAAAAGUGGGCCACUUGCAACCAUUAUGUCCCAGGUGCACAAUUUCCCACAACGAGAAACUGUAGAGAAGUAUAUGAUCCAAAUGUAUGACUUCAUUCUGGAAACUUUAGAUCUUCUCAGAUUUCACAGGCAAGUCCCAUCCAGGAAUAGAUUUCAUUCAAAUGCAGUGCUUUUAGGUCAGCACGAUAUGACAUCACAGAUAUGAAACAAACAUCCAGAAAUGGUUACAUUAAAAAACAAAAGGCGUUUAGUAAUACAUUUACAACCUGCUUACUCUAUUAAACAGAGUUUCAUACCAUCACAAUAUGUUUUCUAGGGUCACAAAAUACUUAACAUGAAGGUACGGGGCUAGUAUUUUAUAUUCUUUAGGGUACUACUAACACGACACCCAGUUUCCUUUAAUGUAAUCAUUAGAUGCGUUUCCUUUGAUUCUGGGGAAGGAAUACCCAAACAAGUAGGUCAAGCAGUUUCCUUUAAAACCAGCCAUGAAAUAUGAUAACGACUGGACAAUUGCCAAUGAUACGCAAAUUUAGUGCCUGGGAGGUGGUCAAUGCUUUGCUCAAACGCUGGCACUUAAAGGGUUAAAACCACUUUCCACAA